GUUCUAACGGAUGAACAAAGAAAACGUAUGGAAAAGAACAGGCUUAUUGCUCAAGAAAGAAGGCUGCUUAGACUGAAGGAAUUACAGGAAAAUCAAAAGCAAAAUGAAGAAAAUUCAACAUCAGAAAUUGUAGAAGCAACAGGGGAAAGAAAUGAAAUACAAAGAAGCAAGGGUCAAUAUGUGCCUGUAACAGAACCAAAUGAAGAAGGAAAUGUGUCACAGCCAGUGGAGUCUAUUCCUCUCACAGCUGACAAAAUUCCAGAAAUGGGAGCAGAAAGUUUCAGGAUUAUUAAUAAAGAAAAUUCAACAACAGAAAUUUCAGAAGCAACAGGGGAAAGAAAUGAUGAAAUACAAACAAGCGAGGGUCAUGAAGUUCCUGCAACAGGAUCAAAAUCAAAUGAUCAAGAUUCGCAGCCAGUGGAGUCUGUUCCCCUCACAACUGACUGAAAUCCAGAAACUUUUAGUUAUUAAUGAAGAAUUUGAAGUAAUUGAAAAAUGCAAUAGUCUAAAAGGAAAAUGAAUAAAAUAUUUUGUUCAAGUCCUACCAAUAUUUUCAUUAUGAAAAUUUCUCAUGAUUGUUUCAAGUUUCUAUACAUUUGUGUUUCUCAUUAUUCAUGUAUAUUUUCAUUUUAUUAAAAUUGGAUUAUAUUCACAAAAUUAAUUAAAUUAUCUGUGGCUAACAUUAUCAAAUUAGCUCUUUUAAAAUUGUUUUUGUCAAAAAUUAUUUAUGUUCAUAUACAUUAAAAUUACUUCGCUUAUUUUUGUUGCUUCAUCCUCUAUGUAAAACCACAACACCCAAGCUGAGUUAAAUACUGAUAAUUUAAAAACAAAAAUAUUUAAACAUGUUGGUUUUCACUGUGCCAAUAAAACUAUUGGUGCUACAAAAUGGCAGAGGUCUUCAUACUGUAGGGGACUUCUGAAAGAAUAAGAACAAACCAUUGGCUUAUACUUAAACAGUUCACUAUAGUGAAAAGUUUUGUUUUGAAUAUCUAAAACAAAGGUAACAAAUUUCAUUAAAAAUGUUUGAAAUACAAUUCCUGGAACAAUGGAGCAGUACAUUCAAAAGGAAGCUUGCAUGUACAAUCGUGUUAUAAGGUUACUUUGUGCAUAUGUAGUGAUAAUGCUUACAAUAUUAAACAAUUUCAACUGAAAUGGUAGAAUAAUUUUUUUCCCUCUAUUUAGGAUCCAUAAUUAAUUUUAAUAGUAAUUUAUCAAAUUGUAAUCAUUUUUAAUAAAUUAAAGUAAUUGUAAUACUGUUUUUAAUAUUAAUCUCUACUUAAAAGAAGUAGGGUCUUAAUGCAAAAAUAAAUAUCUUUAAAAGUUCAAAAAGACACUCAAUUAAAUUUAUUGUAGCAAAGUACAUUCCUGCACUGCAGUUUUUGGAAUUACAAGCACUCGACAUCAAAAAAAUUCAUGCCAUUAAUAUUGUCUUUGUCCACCAUGUGCUUUCAUUACUGCCUGGCAUUGUUAGAAUUUAAAUUAUUAAUAAAUUGCUUGCUCAAUUCUUGAAAUCACACAGCCACAAGAGACUCAAGUAGUUCUAUUUGAUUUCUACAUUUCUUUUUUGUCGCUGCAUUCCCCAAAAAAUUUUUAGUUUUCAAUCAAAUUUGAGAUGAGGGCUAUUGCCAGGCCGGUGUAAGAUGUGCACCCCAUUUUUUGCAGGAAAGAUUUUACCUAAAAUGUAGAAAUGUGUACUAAUUGCUUAUAUUUAGUUUCUGCCCUAUCCACUACAAAUAGCAUUCACACAACUUAUGAAAACACUGUGGCAAGGAAGAGAAUUGUCUUGAAAAUGGUCCCUAAUAAUUGUCAUCAGCUUCAUUUCAAGAAUAUUUUUUUUAAAAAUUCUUAGUCAGUAAUUCUGAAAGGAUUUAUAAUUGUGAGGUAGU